AUGUGGUCGAUUUUGUCCCCCGAUUACACCUGGCCAGCACCCCCUCUAGCAAAAGUCCAAAGAACAACCCCGCCGGUUCCCACAUCACCAGGGAUCACCAGCAGAUGGCUCUGGGGAAAGGCACAUGGUGUUCUCUACCAUUUCUCACGGUGCUACUGCUUCCUACUCGGAAUCUAUUUCAAUCCGCACAUCAUCCAACUCCCCUUCGGACUCAUCCUAAAAUGGACUGAUCGGACGAGCGUAGAAGAGGCCAUUGCAACGCAAAUGGUUCGAGCAGCCGGAAUCCCAGCCCCCAGAGUCCUGAGCUGCGGCGAGCAUGUUACGCCUCAGUCAACGCGCGAAGUCUCAAUCCUCAUGACGAGACUACCGGGAUUUACACUCGAGAACUCCCGUGACCCGUUCGAGGGUCACGACGAAGGUCCCUGGCUUGAAGAACUGAAGACUUGUGUCGAUGCGAUGCGCGAGUGGGAACCACCGAGCCAGGAGAGUAUUUGCUCGCCGAUUGGAACGGCCCUGCGCAGCUCGCGCGUCCCUGAUCAUAUUAUGGGUCCAUUUACAGACCAUAAAUCAUUCUACUAG